AUGGGCAAGAUGAAGAGAGCAGCGGUCUGGGCCUGGGGAUAUCAGAUGCCACACCCCGUCCCUCCAUGGACGGCAGCCACCACUCUGCUUGCUUCGACAACGGGAGGAAAAUCAAAGCCCAAGGUGGAAAUCGACGAACCCACACCGACAAGCCCCACGAUAAGUUACACGACGACGGACGAUGAGGACGCGCUGCACAUGCGGCCCAACCCCUCGAGCCGCGGCGCCCCGGAGCUUGCAUCGUUAAGUUCUGGGUCGGACAGCUACUUUGGCCAUAUCGAGGCCAUGCCCAGGCGGAGGACCACCAUCAGCCGGGCCAGGUCGCCAUUGAUCGCAGCCACGUCUCUGCUGACGACUGAGGAUGACUGGGACUACUCGGAGACGGAGUGGUGGGGAUGGGUCAUCUUGGUCGUGACCUGGGUCGUCUUUGUGGUGGGCAUGGGCUCAGUAUUUGGUGUCUGGGGCUGGGCCUGGGAUGUUGGAACGACGCCGUAUGCACCGCCUGAGCUGGAGGACGACCCUACCCUGCCCAUUACCGGUUAUUAUCCCUCUCUGUUAAUAUUGACUUGUGUCAUGGCUUGGGUAUGGGUUGUGAGUGCUUGGGUGGGCAUGAAAUACUUCAGGCAUGCCAAGAUUAGCGGGGACUGAGGACACUAUCAAGAAAUUCUUAAAAUUCACCUUCGCUACGGUGUUUGAGCAUCCGGGGAAAGGGUUUGAGGGCAGCAUUUGUCGUCCAGGUAACCAUAUAUACCAUAAUUAGGGUGCCAGUGCCAUGAUGAGAUACAGGCACAAUUUACUGCGUCAUCUG